CGCAUACCGCGUCGUCGUUGCCCGCGCCUCCUCUAACGCGCGCGUUUCGCGGAUACGAGCGGUUUUUGUUUUAGUUGCUUUUUGGUGAAUCGUGUUUGUGGAGUUGUGGAUAUUCCGUAUUGUUUUUAAGAAUAACAUAAUUAUAGUGCCUCAGCGUAAUGUCGCUGAACGGAGUAACUUUCUUAGAGCCCUGCGCCUGCCCCAUCACAGACAUAGGGCCGGACCUAGGCGGCACGUGCUAUGGCCAGAUGUUCACGUUUAUGCUGAUCAUCAGGAAGUUCCUUCAAGGUCGCUGCGACCUCGCGGACCCUUGCAACCGGUUCCCACUGGAUCGUCAGGCCGAUGACAGCUAUGACUUUGUGGUCAUAGGCGGUGGUACUGCCGGGUCUGUUGUUGCGGCUAGGUUGUCUGCCAACCCGCAGUGGAAGGUGCUCCUGUUAGAAGCGGGCGGAGACGAGCCGACUCUCUCGUCAGUGCCAGCCUGGGUGACGGCUUUCUGGUGGAGGAACGACACCGACUGGAACUACUACACCGAGCCACAGGAGAAGGCCUGCCAGGACAAGGAGGACCACAAGUGCUACUGGCCGCGAGCUAAAAUGUUAGGUGGAUGUUCAGCAAUAAACGGCAUGAUGUACAUGCGUGGUCACCCGGCGGACUACGACGGGUGGGCGGUGAACGGGGCCAAGGGCUGGUCGUGGAGCGACGUGCUGCCCUACUUCCUAAUGAGUGAGGACAACAAGCAGAUCGGCACCCUCGUUUCGAAAGAACAUCACAACCGCGGCGGGCCUAUGCCGGUGCAGCAGUUCCGCUACGCACCCCCACUUGCGCACGACAUCGUGGCCGCGGCCAUCGAGCUAGGAUACCCACCUACCACAGACCUCAAUGGUGACAACAUUACGGGAUUCACCAUCGCACAAACAUUCAAUAACAACGGAUCCCGCUACACGACUGCCCGCGGCUACUUGCGACCGGUGUCCCACCGUCAGAACCUUCACGUUGUGUUCCACUCACAAGUGUCCAAAGUGGUGGUUGACCCCCUCACUAAGAAGGUGACUGGCGUCGACUAUAUUGAUCUUAGAAGCGGCCAGGAGAAGACUGUUAAGGUUACAAAGGAGGCCAUCAUAUCAGCAGGACCACUAAACACGCCCCAAGUACUGCAGCUCUCAGGGAUCGGUGCCAAAGCCACUCUGGACAAGUACAAUAUCACCACCAUAAUGGACCUGCCCGGAGUGGGGCAGAAUCUUCAGAACCACGUCGGAGUGAACCUUGACUUCGUGCUGAAUAAUGAGGCCGAAAUCAAUCAGUUGAACUGGGCGAGUGCUAUGACCUAUCUGCUGCUCAGAGACGGGCCUUUGUCUGGUACUGGAGUGGCGCAGACGACCGGCAUAGUUAACACCAAGUACGCGCCAGCGAGCGGCCAGCACCCGGACAUCCAAUUACUCUUCCGAGGAUAUUCUUCCGAUUGCUCCAGCGGGGAGAUGCAGGAUGAUGCGCUUGUUGAAACCAGGAGAUCUUUUACCUCAAUAUCAGUAAUCAACCUGCAGCCGCGCAGCCGAGGUUACAUCACCAUCAACACGACAGACCCCCUGGCGCCUCCAGUCUUGCAGCCCAACUACUUCGACGACGACAUGGAUGUAAAAACCCUCAGCGAAGGCGCGAGGAUCGCAUACAAACUUUCCAAUGCUACGAUUCUAAAAACAAAAUACGGCAUAGAGGUGAAACCUGACUUCGGUUCUGAGUGCGGCAGCAGCGAGGGUCUCUCGGAUGAGUAUCUGUCCUGUCUGACCAGGUACCACACCGCACCCGAGAACCACCAGGUGGGGACCGCCAAGAUGGGACCGGCGUCCGAUUCUAUGUCUGUCGUCGAUACUGAACUCAAAGUUCAUGGGAUUGAAGGUCUUCGGGUGAUCGAUGCUUCAAUAAUGCCGGCCGUGACUACUGGUAACACGGCGGCCACAGUGAUAAUGAUAGGGGAGCGCGGCUCCCACUUCAUAAUGACACAGUACCAGAACCAGCCGGGCCUCGGCUACAGCUCCGGAGACAAGAGCACCGAACUCAAUGAGUAGGAGGACUAAGGCCAAUAACAAAGACAAUUAAGUUGGUCGUGUUUCUUUUUCGUUUUGGCGUGGUUUUACAGACAAAUAACAUGACAUUUAAAAUCGCAAGGCCCAGUGUAG